AUAAGAAAGAGGAAGAUCCAAGACUUUGAUGCAAGUGAUUAUAGUCAACAGUAAUCUGAGCCAGCCAGCGAUCAGCAUGCUGGCAGAGGAGGAGUCUGAACCCAGGGAGGAAAGAUUGACAGGGAGCAAGGGGAGUUCUUCAAACGCACACCCUAAAACAUACACACGCACACUCCUGCUCUCAAACAUCGCUUUAAACACAGACAGGGAUCUUACGUUUACAAGACUCCGGGCUGUAUGAGGAAACCAAGCCUGGGUUUGGAUAGACUGGAAGCUUCAAAUGGCACAUGAUCUAAAAUCCUAAAACCAGACUAGACCCAAGCAGGCCACCCUAAACUCAUUUAUGUUCAACCGGAAAACCACAAUCUGCUAGUUUUUGAUUCACAUAACCAACCAUGCCAAAGGACGAGGACAUUCCGAGUCCACCUCCGGAGUGGCCGGAAAACAUUGAGAUGUAAACAUUUCAGCACAAGUCAUGAUGAAACAGAGAAUACUCCUAUAGUACUUAACAGGCAUACAAAUAAAUCCAGCCCAUCCCUUCAGAACACAGAAGGCUCUUUCACCCGAUUACAUGGAUAUAACGUGUGGAAAGACAGCACGGGCUAUUACCUCCAAUUCUUCCUCUCCGCUCCCCAUGAGGGAUUUGCGCUCCCCUUCUGUUGCCUGAGGUCAACCGACGCAACGCCAUCCUGAUAAGUCUGGCUUAGCUGGCCACUUGAGUUUCAAUGCUCCAUGCUGUUUUAAGAUGAGGGUAUGGAAAGAGGUCGCCCUCUUCUUUAUCCUGUUUGGUGCCUCAUUUUUCCUCCUGCUUCUGAGAACCGCGUUACCUGUCGGGCCUUCCCACCCAAAGGCCUUAGGGCUGUCAUCAUCACCUCUAUUACCCUCACAUGAUUCACCUUCAUCAUCAUCAUCAUCAACCACGGUGAGGAAAUCAGCACCCCGGCGGCCGGUCAGAGCUACGGAGGACAUGGCCUCUAUUCUCUCCGAGUUCUCCUACAUCCUUCAAAGCUUCACCGAGGGUGAACUACAGAAGGUGAUCGCAACCCUGAUAGACAAAAAGGAGAGAGAAAUGGGGACUGAGGCUGGACGCAGGACCAAACGGGCGCGGAAAGGCCCGAAGCCAUGUUCUCUCCAUGAGCUUGAGGUGACCGUAAGCGACUUAGGUCUCGGUUAUGAUAGCGACGAGACCGUGCGCUUCAGGUACUGCAGUGGCAAGUGCGCCCAUGAACGACGCAACUACGACUUUGUAAUGGAAAAUUUGCAGUUGAACAACGCAUCCAGUGAGAAAGGCCGGCGAGGGCGGGAAAAUGGAAAAAAAGACAAGGCACGCUACACACCUUGCUGUCGCCCUACAAAGUUCGAGAGGAAAAUGUCAUUCUUUGACAAUAAAGACAGAUUCUACACCAUUCAGAAUGUAUCUGCAAGGGCGUGCGGCUGCGUAUGACAUUUUGGGAAGUUCAGGAAGUUUGCUCGUUCAUUACCAUGGCAUCAGUGGAUAUACUUCAGGGCAUGCGGCUGUGCAGGAUUCCACGGUAACUUUGGAAAGUGUUACCGCAUGAUGCGCAAGAGACCGUGGAGCGAUCCUAGAACGCAGGGCAAAUUGCAAUUUUUUUAAAAAUGCUAAGGGGGUGUGGUAUGCCACCAUGGAAAAAAAUGAAAGAAAGUCCAUUACAAGAAGAAAAAGCCUGGACUAAGGUCUAAAGCCAUUGGUAACUGUGGAAAGUCUAUGAAACAAAGAGGGCUGUUCACUUUUGACCGGCACAGGGUAUUGGACACUAAACUGAAAAUAUUACGAGGUCACUUUUUAAACCAAAGGUGGGUUGUUGGUUUAAUUUUCUGAGACCGAUAGCUGGCAGGAGACUUCUUUUGCCUUCCACUUGAAACUUUUCCAGAUGAAAUAAUACUUAAUCAAAUACAUAAAUAUGUAUGUUACAGGGCUACACCGAGAGCUGCUCGCUUUUGUUAUAAAUCCAACCUGAAUACUGCAGUAUGAAGUGCAACACAGCUGUGAAAACUACCUCAUUUCUUCCUUUAUUUCUUUUUAUUGUUUGUUUUCUUAGAAGAAAUGUACAUGCAAUGAAUCUAGCUCUACCGCACCCACUAUCUGGAUUACACUAUUCACAAAAAUGAAUCAAAGGUACACAGAAGGUGAAAUACUUCUCUCUCAAGAGUGUCUUAUAAAUAGCAACCAUAUCAUGUUAAGCAUAAAUAACCAUAAAUCAAGUCCUCAAAUGUGUUUUGCCAAAACAUGUCAAAACAAACAUUCUUCUCGAGGUACAGCUGUACUAAGUUUUAUAUGCUUACAACAGACAAAUGGCCAGUUUCUGAUACUGAGAUUUCUAAAACUGCAGACCUCAAUGAACUACAAUCAUGUUUCUCCUAAAACUCAAGAAGUUUUCAAUUAUCCUUAAACACUUUAGCCGUUUGUGUCAUUGCAACCUUUUUGUAUAGGCAUUACACGCUUUAAUAUAUUUAAUUGGCCAUGUUGGAUGUUUUUACGUUGCUAUAUUGUUCUUUAUAGAUGUUUAUGUAGUGUAUUGGUUUCUGGGAUUUUAAAGCAUAGGGGUUAACCUCACAAAACCUAUCAAGCACUUUACCCCAAAAUCAAAGGCAAACGUUUAUCUGAUAAUUUGCACACAUUCUCUUCCCUCAAAUUAUGGUAAAUUAAAAAGGGCAAAAAACUCAGAUUCUCCUUACUGUAAUGCAAAACAUAUACAAAAAAAUGUAGCUCCUGUAUAUAGCAUGGCAAUAUAAUACAUUCUGCCUUUAAUUUGUGCAUAUUUAAAUAUAAUUGCCCCAUUUAUGCUAAAUAUACAUAAUAUAUAUAUAUAUAAUAUAAUAUAAAUAAGUAAUAUAUUACAGUAAUGAGAAUCAUUUUUCUGUAGUGCUUGAAAAAAAAGUUCAGCAUUUAUUCCAGUUCUUGUUUUGAGGGGUGUAUAAUGUAUUACUCAUCAGAAAAAACAUCAUAGUCUCUGAGCUAUUGGACAAGUAUAAAAGGCCAACAGUAUAGUCGAGGGUUCUAAGUGUUAAAGUGAUACUCCAGCCAAAUACCUGUAUCAAAAUGACCCCAUGAUAUACUCACCCUUAAGCAAUCCAAGAUACAUAUGUCCAGUAUCUUUCAGAUGAACACAUUUCGAGUUAUUGCUUUCCAAGCUUAUAAUGGGAAAAAUCAGGGAUCAGGGAAAAACUUCUGACUCUAAACCCCCAAAAAGUGCUUUCAUCAUUCACAGAGGUAAUACGACAAGAGCUUAAUAAAGGUCUUUUGCGGGUAAUUGAUGCAAUAUUGUAAGAAAAAUAUCCAGAUGUUAAAGGGGACAUUUCACAGGACCUUUUUAAGAUGUAAAAUAAGUCUUUGGUGUCCCCAGAGAACAUAUGUAAAGUUUUAGCUCAAAAUAUUGUAUAGAUAAUUUAUUAUAACAUGUUAAAAUUGCCACUUUGUAGGUGUAAGCAAAAAUGUGCCGUUUUUGGGUGUGUCCUUUAAAAUUCAAAUGAGCUGAUCUCUGCACCGUGGUUGGCACUGACAUUUAGGUUGGCGGUAUUACCCCCUUCUGACAUCACAAGGGGAGCCGAAUUUCAAUUACCUAUUUUUUCACAAGUUUGCAGAGAACGGACUACCAAAACUAAGUUACUGGGUUAUUGUCUUUUUUCACAUUUUCUAGGUCAGGGGUGUCAAACUCAAGGCCCGCGGGCCAAAUCCGGCCCGCCCCCUCAUUUCAUCUGGCCCGCGAGAGUUUACAAAUUAUGUUAAUUAUGUGGCCCGCGAGAGUUUACAGAUUAUUUUAUUGUUAUUAUAAGUUUAUUUUUUGCAGGUUAUUUCCUACAUUUAUUUUUUUAGCAGCCACCAAAACUAAUUUUUGUCCCGCCAAAGUCUUUGUAAUGUAAUUAUAGUGAUAAUGUUGAUGAUUGCAUGAGAAAGAACGAGCAGUGCCCUGCACGCGCGCACUACUAGAGUGGGCGUGUCUGAAUGCGAACGCUGCAGCCUCCGGAGGUCGCAUUUCCAGGCUGCAUACGUCAUCAAGACUGUCUUGUUUCAGAAUAUUAACAAUUAUAAAGUUAAAUAUUAUUCUUUGUUUAUAGUAAAUAGUUGUAAUAUGCGUAUGACUUGCGAAUGUAAUGGUAAGUUAACUUAAAUAAACCAGGCUUGAUGACGCUGCCUAUGCGACCUCCGCAUGGAUCGGACAGUAUCUGCUCGUUCUUUCUCUCCCUCUCUCGCACACGCUCACGCAGAUCCAGCGAGAAAAUGUUUUCCGUUUCGUGUCCAGAAAUGUUUCGCGAUGUCCUGCUGGGAUUAGUGUACAACGCGUCUAUUCCUGCUAAAUACGUGAACUAAUGACUCAUCUGAACCAAAUACUUUUAAUAAACGAUUGAAACUAUUGAUCCGUAGCCUACAACACUGAACUCAUGAGACGUCAGUCAACACUCAAAGCCAGGUAAAAAAUCACAGCUUUUUUGUAAAGAGGGCAAGAAAUGACAAGUGAGAGUAUCUGUGUCUAAUAAAUGCAUAUUGUGGUGGAGAUUGUAAAACUCUUUAUUAGUAUCUGAAAAUGCCUCUCAAUUUCUGACCUGCACAAUGAAGGAUAACAAAACAGUGUACUCACAUAAAACAUGUGUUUUUGUCACCACAAUUAUUUUUAGAAUAAUCUCUAGAAUAGUUGUACUCUAUACACUUUGUCAUUAUUUGCCUGGGCUUCUACUUUCAAAGCUAGGUAUUAAUUGAGUUAUUAACAAAACCAAUAGUAAGCAAAUGCAGAGAGAAUUACAGUAAUAAAAGAGUUGAUACAUUCAUACAGUCCUUCAAAUACAACCGGCCCUUUGAGAUUAACCGUAAUGCUGAUGUGGCCCGGAAUGAAAUUGAGUUUGACACCCCUGUUCUAGGUUGAUAGAAGCACUGAGGACACAAUUAUAGCACUUAAACAUGGAAAAAGUCAGAUUUUCAUGAUAUGUCCCCUUUAAACUUUAUAAACUUUAAUAACUAGCUCCUGGUAACAACGCCAUCUUGGACUCACGCGAUUCACGAGAGUCACUGCGCAACGAACACUUACUAUGGUAAAACUCUGCCGCUUGAGUCGAAGAUGACCCAUAAGUGCAAGCUAGUAAAGUUUAUAAAGUUUGAAAUCUGGAUUUUUUUUAACCCAUUGGAGGAAUGUUGUCUGAAAGAUGAUGGACAUUAGUAUCUUGGAUUGCUUGAGGGUGAGUAAAUCGUGGGGUAAUUUUGAUAUUUGGCUGAAGUAUUCCUUUAAGUUUAACCCUUAGUGGUUUGGAAACAUGUUGUAAAAAUGUAGCCCACUCUUUUCUUUCCGAUAAUUUCUGCAGAAUUACUGCAAAAAGCUACCAGCUAAUAAAACAUGAUGUCAAUUAUAUGGUUCAUUUCCAUUUUAGUUCAGUAGUACUCUAGACAUAAACAUAAAACAGGCGGAAAAUCUGGUUUGUCAAUACAUCCGAAUUUUAAAAUCAAUCUUCUUAAUGGAAAUUAAACUGACAUAAUUUUACCACGCUGUCAAAUGUAAACGAAUGAAUCUUGGCAUGUGGAAAAUUCUCAGUGGACAGGACUUCAAUCUGUUUUAGAUCUGUUUUUAGAAAUUUAGGGCAUCUAGCCAACAGAACCCUAAGUGAUUAAACCGUGUCUAAGCUUGCUAAUGGGAUACAGAACGUGAUCGCUUGCUUCAACCAGACAGAUUGGUUAUACAAAUAAAAUUGUGACAAGCUUUCAUAUUUUCUUUUGAAGAACAAAAAGCGCUGAAAAUAACGUAAAAAAAAAAAGUAUGUUACAACCCAUAGCUAAAAAACAAAGUUUUUUUCACUUUUAAAAAUAUCCAAAAAUACGACACAGGGUUCAGUGACUUUAUAUCUGUCUGGUAGACUUGACUGUGUAUAGUUAUGUGUAAAGAUAAGUUGAUUGUUUUGCGGCAGUAUUACAUGAAUGCGAGUGUGUGCGCGCGUGUGUGUGUAUGUGCGUGUUUGUUUCCCAUGUCAGCUUUUCACGGUCUGUGACGUCCGGCUUUGGCAAUGUUGGAUUUUUCACACCAACAGCAGAAAUGUCGAUGCAAUGCAUCUGUAUUGUGGAUAAACGGUAUUUAUUGCAAAAUGCUUUUCAUUCAUAUUUAGAUAUAUUUCAGUUCUGAGGGAGUCAAAAACUUAUUUAUUAUUUCACACUUGUGCCAAAUGGAAUUUCUAAAGUCUGAAUAAACAUAC